AUGCUGCACAUAAAACCAUUAUCUAAUGAAUUGCAACAAGUGGCCCUAAACGAAUUAGCUGAAGUACCCAAUAGAAUACCCAACGACUUGCAGGCCUUAAGAACUUGGAUAGAACAGGAACCCCAUUUGAAUGCCCGCUUGGAGGAGCAAUUUUUAAUACAAUAUUUGCGCGGCUGUAAAUACAGUUUGGAAAGGGCUAAAGCCAAAAUUGAUUUGUUUUUCACCUUGAAAUCAAAAUUUCCCGAUUUGUUUAAUGUUUCGGAUGUAAAUGAGGCUAAAUUUAGGAAAAUUAAUAGUUAUGGCUUUGGCUUGCCUUUACCCCAACCUCUUAACGACAAUGGCCCUCGUAUAUUUUUCUUCAAAUUCGAAGGCGAUAUUGCCAAAGGUCUAAUUGAUAUAGAGGAUUUGUUUUGUGUGCUAAAUGCCAUGCACGAAAUUUUUCUUAUGGAUGAUCCCUAUGCCUGUAUUAAUGGAAUUGUAUAUAUACUGGACAUGAAAAAUAUUUCCAUAAGUAUGGCUUCCCAGUUCACACCAUCUUUUCUGCGUAAAAUUGUGCAAUUUUAUGAGAAAUCUUUACCGCUACGUAUAAAGGCUGUUCACCUGUUAAAUACUCCGGGAUUUUUUCACAGUGUCUUGAGUAUUUUGCUGCCGUUGUUGUCAGAGAAACUGAGACAAAGGAUGUUUGUUUAUGGCCAAACCUACGAUAAUUUGGAGGAAAAAGUGCCCAAAAAAUAUUUACCCUUAUAUUUAGGUGGAGAGAAUGGUGCAAGAGAACAAAUUUUAAAGGACUUUGAUAAGAAAUGGUUAGAGUAUGAGAAUUAUUUUAAGGAAAAUGCUAACUAUGGCACCCAUGAACUAUUGAGACCUGGCAAACCCAUAGAUUUUGACAGUAUUUAUGGUUUGGGUGGCUCAUUCCGGAUAUUAGAUGUAGAUUGAGAAAAAGUCUAUGAAAUUAUUAUUGU